AUGCAAUUCAAGUACUUAGCACCAUUAGCUUUAGCAGGUUCUGCUGUCGCAGCUUUCUCUAACGACACUGUUGUCACUGAAGUUGUCACUGCUUACACCACUUACUGCCCAGAACCAACUGAAAUUACCCAAAACGGUAAGACUUACACUGUCACUGAAGCAACCACCUUGACUAUCACUGACUGUCCAUGUACCAUCACCCACACCUCCUCUGCUGCUCCAACCCACAACCCAGCUCCAACCACUGCUUCUGAAGAAUUCUCUGCAGGUGCAGGUAAGGUUGGUGUUGCAGGUUUAGCUGCUGCUGCAGGUGCUGCUGUCUACUUAUUAUAA